UCAACGGAAGUGGAAGCCACAUGUUCAACAAUCAAAACACUGCCUUUAAUCUAACAUGAGGAAAAGAACUUUGAUUCGUCCUAAAGAUGUUGGUAACAAUGCAGCUUCGACUGAAAAUAAAGCUGAGGUCAAUAGUUUAAAAUCUGGAAAGACAACCACUAAUGUGAAGGCUUCGAGAAAAGAAGUUGCUGGAGUUUGUAAGAAGAUCUGUAAAGUUAUCCAGUACUUGAUUUUAAUUCUUAUCAUACCACCGUUUUUGAAUUAUGCAUCAAUACAGAAAGAAGUCAGAGAAUUGAUUCCAGAGAAAGGAAGUUUGUAUGAUGUAGGAUGGGGUCAAAAGAUGUUCAAAUUAUGUGAAGGGCAAGGACCACCAACUGUUAUAUUUGAGUCACCAGGAGGAAUGACAUCAGAUGUUUGGUCGUUAAUUUAUCCACAAGUGGCAAAAAUUGCCAGAGUAUGUGUAUAUGACAGAGCUGGCCUAGGAUUUAGUGAAAGACCUUUAACUAAUGCUACUGAAGCUGAUGGGACUGAUGCCAAAAGUAAUUACAAAAAUAAAUGGUUCCCCUUUACUGUAGAAAGAAUGGCAGAUGAUUUAUAUCAGCUGAUGACGGUCAGUAGCCAGGAACCACAACCCUUUAUACUCGUUGGAGCGGAACUAGGAGCUUUAGUAUCCCAGUUUUAUGCCCAGAUGUUUGAAGGACAGGUUUUAGGAAUGGUACUGAUCAAUCCUUUAUCAGAAGAUUUAUUUGAACAAGAUGGUGGAACGUGGCUUCAACAUUGGUAUAAUUAUAUAAUUCCGUCCUACCAGACUUUACAGUUAGGUGCAGCAUUAGGUAUAACAAGACUUGCAUUGCUUUUGGGACUCCUAUAUCAACCAAUGUCAGGUGCUGAACUGCCAGAAAAAGUAGAAUACAGACAGAAACAUUUAAUGUGCCAUCCAAAACAUCUUAGUUCAGUGGUAGAUGAAUAUCAUUUUGUAAAUGAAUCUUUUUCACAAAUGAAGACAUUACGGAUGAUUAAGAGUUUACCGGACAAUAUAACAGUAACAGUAAUAAAUGGGAAUUAUUACGAUGAACAAAUGCCUAGUUAUUUAAAUAAAGCUUGGGCAAAAUCAGAACAGACAUUACUGACAAAACAUUACCCUAAGGCUAACCACAUAGUUAUAAAUGGUGCAGAUAAACAUAUGUUAUAUAGAAAUCCUAGAGCUGUCAUAGACCCAGUCAGUCGUAUCAUCAGACAGUAUAAAAAUAGAAUGAAAACAAAACAGCAAUAAAAUAUUAUUUCUCUAA